CGCGAGAGCGCCCGCCGGAAGUCACGCGCGGAGCGUGAGUGGGGCGGGCACGUGACACGAGCGCGGGGAUUGCGAACGGCGGAUCCGGAGGCACUGACAGGACCAUGCCCAGGAUCACUCUGAAUGGCAUCACAGUGGAUUUCCCCUUCCAGCCCUACCCAUGCCAGGAAGCCUACAUGGCCAAGGUGCUGGAGUGCCUGCAGAAGAAGGUGAAUGGCAUUUUGGAGAGCCCCACAGGCACAGGGAAGACCCUCUGCCUGCUGUGUUCCACCCUGGCUUGGCGGGAGCACUUCAAGGACACCAUCUCAGCCCGGAAAAUCGCUCAGCGUCUGCACGGGCUGGAGCUGUUUCCCGACAGACCCCUGUCCUCCUGGGGCACUGCUGGCACGGAUGGCAAUGUCCUGACUUAUUACACUGACAUUCCGAAAAUAAUUUAUGCCUCCAGAACUCACUCCCAACUUACACAAGUCAUUAAUGAGUUGAAGAACACAGUCUACAGGCCAAAGAUAUGUGUGUUGGGAUCCAGAGAGCAGCUUUGCAUCAAUCCUGAAGUGAAGAGACAGGAGAGCAACCACAUGCAGAUCUACAUGUGCCGAAAGAAAGUGAUGGCUCGUGCUUGUCACUUCUAUAACAAUGUGGAAGAAAAGAGUACAGAGAAAGAACUGAUUGGACCAAUCAUGGAUAUUGAAGACUUGGUUAAAAAUGGAAACAAGCACAGAGCUUGUCCUUAUUAUCUCUCUCGAAGCCUGAAGCAGCAAGCAGACAUUAUUUUUACGCCUUACAACUAUUUACUAGACUCAAAGAGUCGGAAAGCUCACAACUUAGACCUGAAGGGGACUGUGGUAAUACUUGAUGAAGCUCACAAUGUGGAGAGGUUGUGUGAGGAGUCCUCUUCCUUUGACCUGACUCCCUAUGAUUUGGCUUCGGCGAUGGAUGUGAUAAACCUUGUCCUGGAGGAACAAGCCAAAGUCGUUCAACAGAAUGAAAUCAAUGCUGAAUUCAACAUGGAGUUGGCCAGUUCAGGACUGAACAUGGAACUCGAAGAUAUAGCAAAGCUCAAGAAAAUUCUUCUUCAACUAGAAAGUGCUAUUGAUGCAGUGGAGCUGCCACUGAAUGGUAAUGGAGUCACCAAAGAUGGAAGCUACAUCUUUGAUCUGUUUGAAGAGGCUCAAAUAACAUUCCAUACCAAAUCCUCCCUCUUGGAGUCACUGGAGCAAAUUUUACAGUAUCUUUCAGGCCGUACUGGGAUAUUUAUCAAUACAUCUGGAUUGCAUAAACUCUCAGAUAUUAUCCAGACAGUGUUCAACAUCGAUCUCCCAGAAGGCAGCACAAGAGGUUUCCUUCCACAUCAGGCAAUAUCUAAAUAUUACAAGGUACAUAUUCAUGUGGAUAACGGUAAUCAGAAAAAGAAACAGAAGACAGAUCUCUGGGAUUCAUCAUCUUCAAAAAAACAAGGAAAGACUUUAAGCUAUUGGUGUUUCAGCCCUGGCUACAGCAUGCACGAGCUCGUUCGACAGGGAGUCAGGACAAUUAUCCUCACAAGUGGGACUCUCUCCCCCCUCUCGUCAUUUACAAUGGAAAUGCAGAUCCCUUUUCCUGUUCGCUUGGAGAAUCCUCAUGUUAUCGAUAAACACCAGCUCUGGGUUGGGAUCAUUCCAAAAGGACCUGAUGGAGCUGUGCUUACUUCUACCUAUGAAAGAAGGUUUUCAGAGGAUUAUUUGUCUUCUUUGGGAAAAACAAUUGGUAACAUUGUGCGAGUUGUACCACAUGGGCUGUUGGUGUUCUUCCCAUCGUAUCCUGUCAUGGAUAAGAGCCUGGAAUACUGGAGAGAGCAUGAUUUUGCUAAAAGAAUAGAAGAAGUGAAACCAAUGUUUGUGGAACCCAGGAACAAAGGAAGCUUUUCAGAGGUGAUUGAUGCCUAUUACGAUAAAGUCAUCUGUCCUAAGUCCAAUGGAGCUGCAUUUUUGGCAGUGUGUCGGGGGAAGGCCAGUGAAGGCUUGGACUUUGCAGAUACAAAUGGACGAGGAGUUGUCAUUACUGGGCUUCCAUUUCCCCCUCGUAUGGAGCCCAGAGUCAUUUUGAAGAUGAAGUUUCUGGAUGAAAUGAAGAGAAGUGGUGCAGGUGCACGGUACCUGUCUGGGCGUGAGUGGUACAGUCAGCAAGCGUCCCGGGCUGUCAACCAGGCGAUCGGCCGGGUCAUCAGGCACCGCCAGGACUACGGUGCCAUCUUCCUGUGUGACCAGAGGUUCACAACUGGUGAUGUAAGAGGCAAACUGCCCUCGUGGGUCCGUCCUUACGUGAGUGUUUAUGACAACUUCGGCCACGCAGUCAGAAGUGUCUCCCUCUUCUUCCGCGUUGCUCAAGAAACUAUGCCCCCACCCCUGCCCCAGUGCCCUCCUGGCCACGCUGGUUCCCUAAGUGACAGCAGUUCAGCACCAUCUACUUCAUCUGAGCAGAUCCCCUCCGUCAAAAAAGCGAAAAACUUGGAUGACCAUGUCCCCAGUUUGAAGAGGAAAAGGAAAGUAAAUGGAGAAGGAACAUCCAGCCUGUGUGUGGAAUAUGAACAAGAGUUUGUCUCGCCCAGAAGACGGUGUGUUGGGCUCUUGGAUGCCCUGGAGCGCAGCGAGAAGAGCAGUGAAGAUGCAGAGGAGGAACCUGACUUGCCAGGAGAGGAAAAGGCACAUCUUCUGUCUACACUUUCCCUUCAGUAUGAGAAGAAGUUAACAGAUGAGCAGAAAGGAGGAAGGAAGAAAAUAAAGCUAGUCAGCAAUACACAGGCCCUUAGGAAAGCUGAGCUGCCAGAGCCAAAGAAGGCCCGAGCCACAUCGUACAUCGGCACACUGAAGGAGACCCUGAGCCAGGAGAACUAUGAGCUCUUCUCUAAGGCUCUGCAGCAGUACAAGAAGACAAAUGACUUCCAUACCAUGUUAUCCGAAAUGAGCUCCCUCUUCACAGAGGAUAAGGAAAAGCACGUCUUGUUACGAGAAUUUUACCAGUUUGUUCGACCUCAGCAUAAAAAGCAGUUUGAUGAAGCGUGCUGCAGCCUGACUGGAGUGGGCUGUGGCUACAAACCUGAGCACAGCCUCCUGCGGGAGGAGAGGGAGAUCCUGGCCAAGAGAACAGAAUCAAAAAAGAGUCAGCAGAAAAGUGCAUUCUCCAAGGCCUCACGUGCUCAGCUGAACCCUGGGCUCCACCUGAACCAGGGAGGAUUCCACUUGGCAACACGACUGAAUAGUGCAGGGCGGAAUGCCAGUGGAGCUCCAAGGAAAGAGGCUGAAAGGCCUGCAGGCUCCAGGAAGGGCCAUCACCAGGCCCUCAGGACUGCCUAUCUCAGGGAUGUGCAAAGGGCUCUGGACAAAAGCACUUACAGCCAGUUCCACGAAGCGCUGCUGACUUACAAGAGGACGGAUAAUUAUGACGCGAUGAUCUCGGUGAUCGCAGCCCUCACCACGGAGAGGCCACAGGACUUUCAUCUCCUACAAAGGUUUUACAUGUUUGUGCGUCCUCACCACAAAGAGCAGUUCAAAGAGAUGUGUGAGAGUUUGACUGGAAUGGUCUGUGGUGAGGGGAAGAAGCAACUGCAGCAGCCAGUGCAAAGUGAAGGGAAACCCCUCAGCUUGGAGAGCUGGUGCACGAGAGGAAACAGCCACAUACAAGAUGCUUCCACUUCUAAGAUUGACGUGCCAGUGAAAAUUCAGAGUAAGAUUUCCUCGUUUUGCUUCAGCCAGAAAAAUGAACUUGAGCUGCCAAAGACUGAAGUAUCCAAAGGAACUGGUAAUGUGAGAGCACCCUCAGACUCUGGAGUGGUGCCCAUCUUUCCCCUGGAUAUGGAACCAGAGUGUGGUGGUGAGGAAGUGCCCCGAGUGCUGCAGUGACGUGAAGAGGAAGCGAUUAAUCCAGGUUUUCUUAUGGGUAUAAUCCCACCCACAGGAAGGGCAACAAGCCCCCUGUGCCCAGCAGAAGGUGGUGGCUGUGCUCCAGCUCUGCCACUGAGCAGGAGCAGGAUGGAGGUUCAUGCAAACCCCUUUGAUCUUUUCCUCUGGAUUACGAUGCACCAACACGUAUCAUUUUCCUACGGAGGGGGUCGAGUCUGAAAGGUCUUGCUGCAGGAAACAAAGCAGGACAUUGUCUUCUGUUGGAACUAGGAAGGUUAACUUUUUACUUGUUUUAACCUGUGAAUUCUCCUGUGGCCACUCUUAGGCUGAAAUUUUAUAUCCUUAGGGGCAUCUGUCAUUUACAUGCCCUUCAAGGAAUACCAGACCCUGGGAAAACCCCAGGAACACUGUUACAGUGAAACUGAGCUGGCUAAGGAGGCCAGACUACCCAUCCAUACCACACCGGUGUUCCUGGAAGAGGUGAUUCACAUUCACUGGUGUUUGGCAGCAGCCACUGUCUCCAGUAGCAAAAGAUACUGAAAGGAUCAUUUUUUACAGAAAUUUUCCAAUGGUGGAUAGUGAGCAGAAGCUCCCUCUCAUCUGUGCACCCCAGAGCCUUAUUCCAUCUUCCAUUGUGCUGGGAUUUUUUGAAAUGUGCUUCUGAGGAGCCUUUAUUCUCUGCUCAGUGCCAGUGUUUGUUUUCCAAGAAGAAAAAGGAACUAAUCAAUCUAAAACUUAAAAAUAUAUCAUGUUAGAUGGGUUAAAAAAAAAUUCCUUAAUACUUCCACUCUCUGUGAGUAGUGGGUAUAAGUGGUUAACCUGGAAAAUUUUAUCAAUUUUAAAUCUAACAUAGCUGCUGUAAAUAAGAUGGUACAUAAAACCAUUCUGUUUUAUUUGGGUUUGGUUUUAUUUAAAAAAAAAUGGUUUAGAAGAAAUUACCAGAUAUAAAAAAUACUGGGUAUUGGGUCUCAAUGGUCCUGGUAGGAACAAGUAGAAAGGUUAAAAUCACCCUGUUGGUGAUUUUCAUAUCAGUGGAAUUUUUAAAAUUUUAUCCUAAUAAAAUUUUAUUGUUAAUAAUUGAAAACCAAGUUGAAUUUUAACAAAAGUUCUUAUUUCCCUGGUUAUAGAAUUCAAAACUGGUGUCACCAAAGCAACUCCAUACCUGAAAUGUGCCUAAUUUUAUUUGUUGGUCAAGGGGUCGAACCUUCGCGAGUUGUGCCGAGUGCUUUUCAUCAUCCUUAGUUCUCCUUUGCUUUUUUAACAAGUAAAGCAACUCCUGCAUUGUUAAAGAAUUUUUUAAAUAAAUAAAAGAUGCUCCCAGGGGCAGCA